AUGGUUGUCGAGUAUCACAGGACCGUGCGGUAUGGAACGACUGCCCUCCGCGACACUACAGCCGUUCAGAGCGCGACGGCCACACCGGAAGCUCAAGUUGCUACAGCCGAGGGAGGGACAGAUGAGUUGACUAAGGUUCUCAACUUCAUUGGCAUCGAAUUGGAGAGUCUAGAGCGAUCGGGGGUCAAAGACUCCAAGCCGCCAUCGGGGACUAAACCGUACCAUGCCCAAGGAAGCAGGAGUGUUCCCACUGGGAUGGUUCUUCAAAGUACCACCGAGAGCGCUAUAAAGUGUGCAUUCUGCUCCUCAGUUCAACACGACACGGUAGACUGCCAAGAGAACCUACCAGUAGCCGAGAAAAUGAAGAGGCUGGCGAAAGAGAUGCGGUGCUUCCGGUGCACCAGAAGAGGACAUCGUUCAAGGUACUGUCGCGCCAAAGUGACCUGCAGCAGUUGUGGCAGCAGGCACGUUGCCGUAGUCUGCGACCCGUCGCGAUCACAACCUGGACGUGCUUCUGACGCCGUGGCGAUGACCAGUGUGAUGGCAGCGAGCAACCAGAUCAUAAGUAACAAAGACAAGCGACCUCAUGACACGGAGGUACUACUACAAACUUUUCGGGCUUGGGCUUCAUCUGACACUGCGUGUACCCAGCUACGAGGGGUGGUGGACGGAGGGAGUCAAAAAACCUUCAUUCGAGAGGAUAUUGCGCAAAAGCUCAAGUUACAAGUUGUUGGUGAGGCGAAACUACACAUCCACACCUUCGCAAACCAAGCCACAACCACCAAAGUCCACCUGGGGAGAGUAGUAGAAGUGCACCUGCGAAGCCAGUACAGUCCAUUUGACUACGUGAUACGUGCAGUCACUAUCCCGUUCAUCUGCCAGGAUCUUCCCGAAGUGCCUACCACUCAGCAGUUUGUGGAAUUGUUACGACGAGAAGGACAUCUAAUUGCGGACGACGUUCUAUUCCCAAGCGUGAACUGUGAAGCAGGCAUUGGUCUACUGGUUGGCAGCGACGAAUUAUGGAGACUCUUAACAGGAGACGUGAAGAGGGACAAACAGGACGACAGAUUGGUAGCCAUUGAUACGGUCUUUGGCUGGACCUUCCAAGGACCCUCUCGUCUCAGCAGUGAGUGCACGGAACGAUCGACAACAGCCGUGUGCGUCCUAAGGAUGGGAUGCACAGCCGAAGAACAAGACGUGAUAAAAAACUUCUGGGAGUUGGAUAGCAUCGGCAUUCGGGAUGAAGUCAUGACCAACACCGAACAUGACCAGCUAGUGCUGGAUGAGUUUAAGCGAAACAUUAAGAUGCUGGACGGACGCUACGAAGUGGCCUUGCCAUGGAAAAGUCUCAAGGGGGAGCUAGGCAGCAACCUUGAAGUCGCCGAAAAGCGGUUGCAAGGGCUUGUGAAACGUUUAGCCCACAGUGACGCCAUCCAGCAGUACGACGAGGUCAUCCGGAACUACCUAACAAACGGGCACGCAGAGGUAGUCACCACCAACUGCGCGAAGCCUGGGCGGAUCCACUACAUGCCUCACAGAGCUGUGGUCCGUAACGAGUCAUCAACCACAAAGGUUCGAGUGGUGUUCGACGCCUCGUCGCACGCGCCAGGUGUUCCUUCACUCAACGAUCAUCUGGAGAAAGGCCCGAAAUUAGGAGCAGAUCUAAUUCCCGUAUUGCUGCGCUUCAGAUUACACAAUGUAGCAAUCACCGCUGACAUUCAAAAGGCGUUCCUACAGAUUGGCAUCAAAGAAGAAGACAGGGAUGCACUGAGGUUUUUGUGGUUCUCUCAAGCUCCAUCGCAGAACAACCCACACCCAGACGUCCAGUGCUGGAGAAUGACAAGAGUGCCUUUCGGUACGACGUCAAGUCCCUUCUUGUUGACUGCGACUUUGCAGCACCAUCUACGGUCAGUGGACGAGCCCGAUAGAGACCUUGUUAACAAAUUAAUUGACGCAUUCUACGUCGACGAUCUGCUUCUUGGCGUAGCCAACGAUGAAGAAGGAAAGAAAAUCGUCCAAAGGGCUCAAGACCUCCUAGAGAAGGCAGGCAUGAAGUUAUCGAAAUGGACUUGA